UGAGCCUUUUAUACCCCAUUUAGGGUAAAAGGCCCCCAGGGGGGUUAUAGUGAUUUAGUGUAAAUAUAGGGGCAAUAGUUAUAGGGCAAAAUUUGUCAACUUAAGCAAAUACAUUUGAGCCAGCAAGAUGCUUUUUUGAAUAACCACUUCAGAUUCUGUUAAUUUCAAUCACAUUUGACAUUUCAUAACAUCUCGAGUAUUCUGUACAUGAAGGAAUCUCCACUGUGAUUGGAUCAGUCAAUUUGGGCACACUUUGAACAUUCUUCAUAACAAAUCUAUUCCACCCACUUAAGAAAAAAAAAAAAAAAAAGUGUUUUAUGGGGGCCUUUAGCCUCUGCAACAGGUUAUUUUUUAUUUAUUUUUUUUCACCCCAAAUAUUAUCCUUUCACUUAUAGGACAGUUAUCACUUUAUUUAUUUAUUUAUUUAAUCACCUUGAACAAAACUGAAAAUUAUAAAUAAGUAUUUUUUUCUAAAAAAUAAAUGUGAUAAUUUCAGGGAUUCUCAUUAGCUAUAAAUUUGCAACAUUUAAAAAAUUAGUAAACAUUAGAUAAAAUGACCUCAAAAUUAAACUUUAGACAUUGCAGCCAAUAAUCUCAUGGAUCAAGAACAUUUUCCAGUGUGUGACAAACAGGUGUUAAGGAAAGUACUUUGGUAGUUUUUGUUGCUGUUUAGUGUUUUGGGAGAAAAUAAAACCAAAAGUGCCAUUUUCCCCAGGGGGCAUUUAGCCCCAUUGUACCCUACUAAAGAAAAUGAAACGCCCUCGGCCGGUUGAGCUCUCCGUGAGUCAGGAGAACAGUGAUCUGACCGGUGAGAACAGCUUCCAACCGGUUCUUUAUUUCACGGGAAAGAUGGACGCUUGCUGAGAAAAGUAAAUGCGCCCCGUGCUCUGGCCGCAGAAGUCCAACCUAAAGUCGGCCCAAGUAAAGCAGAGAGCUGGCGUUUUUAUGUGGAACAUGUUUCCAGUGGCAUUGAGCAAACGCAUCUUCCUUUCAUCACGCUUCUCUGGAAGUGAGUCGCGCGCUUUUCCAACACAACCAUUCUCAUCUGUUGGAAAGAACAAAACAACAUGACAGCAUGUAUUCAUAUUGUUAUAUAUAGUUAUCAAAUCGAUGAUAUUCUGCGAAAUAAACCGGCUGUUUAUUAUAGACGAGCUGCAGCUGAGGAGAAACUUCUGCGUGCGCGAGGGAGAAAAAUGUCGCCACGCGCUCCAAACGACACAAAGUCUUCACGCCAAUGCGCGGUAUGAAAUAUUAUCAGGAGGAUUUAUGUAACCACGAUGGACAAAUGUGAAGAACAAGGGUUGUCCGGUCCGCAAACUCUCCUCCUUUGAGGUGUGGUCUGUGUCCAUGAGCGUUCAAAACGAAACGUUGCGCGAUGUUGAGCGCGAAAGUCUGGCCUGGUGUACCAGGCACGAGUGGUUCUGCGCAACGCGCGCAUCAAGCAAGAAGAACGUCCACCUGCAGUCCCUGUGUCUAUUUAAGUCAGCGCAAGAUCAGUGCUGAGAAUGGGUGCUGCAGAGGGUGAGGGUGAUUUAGACGGUGGAUGGGGAUGGGUGAUUGUGGUGUCCUCCUUCAUGGCCCAGUUCCUGUCCUUUGGGUCACCCCAGGCUGUCGGGGUGUUGUACCCCAAGUGGCUCAGUGCCUUCCAGGAAGGCAAAGGCAUGACGGCCUGGGUCGGAUCCAUAGUGUCUGGGGUGGCGCUCAUCACCAGCCCAGUGUGCAGUGCCUGUGUGGAUAAUUUCAGUGCACGGCCGGUGACAUUCUUCAGUGGUGUGAUGGUGGCUGGGGGUCUGAUGCUGAGCGCUUUUGCUCCAAAUGUCUCUUUCCUCAUCUUCUCCUACGGCAUUGUUGUUGGUAUGGGCUGUGGACUUGUCUACGCUGCCACAUUGACCAUAACCUGCCAGUACUUUGACAAGAGGCGUGGCCUUGCUUUGGGCAUUGUUACCGCAGGUACAAGUAUGGGCGGCUUCAUCUAUGCCACAGUGCAGAAUGAGCUCAUUGAGUUUUUUGGAUUGGAGGGCUGCCUGCUUAUCAUCGGAGCGCUGGCGCUCAACCUGAUGGCAUGUGCUGGGCCAAUGCGGCCUUUAAACUUACCUGGUUACUACCUGAAACAGAGAGCUGCCCUAAAGCCCACAGAGGAACCACUUUACACCAAACCUACUGCCAUUAUUAUUAACACUAGCUGCCUCAAAAUCACACCUGACUCAUCCAAUAACUCUGCAGUGAAGUUGUUGAUCACCAUGGAAACCACAGAGCUGCAAGAAAGUGAAGGGGAGAGAAAGGGUGGGGUGCUGUCCUGCUCAAUAGUAGCACGAGCAAUCAAGAAGUGGUUGCGUCCUUAUUGUCAGUACAUGUGCAACACUGCAGAGCUCCUACAGGACCGUGUCUUCAUAGCUUUUUGCAUCGCCAUCUUCCUGUUCAGCUUAGGAGCAUUUCCACCUGUGCUCUUCAUGGAGGACGUGGCCCAGAGCGAGGGUCUUAUUGAUGGGAUUGCACUCAUACCACUCGUAUCCAUUGUUGCCAUGACAACGGGCAUCGGUAAGCUGGUGCUGGGUGUGUUGGCAGACAUGCGAUGGGUGAACAGUCUGUACCUGUAUGCCCUGACACUGAUGGGCACAGGUGUGGCUCUGCUGCUCAUCCCCAUGUCUAAGAGCUACUUGGGUCUGCAAAUGCUGUCGGCCGUAGUUGGAUUUUUCUCAGGAAACUGGUCACUCACGUCCUACAUCACUACCAAGAUUGUAGGCUUCGAGCGACUCAGUCAGGCUCAUGGCAUUCUCAUGUGCUUCGGAGGGUUUGGAAUCAUGCUCGGGCCACCUGUCGUAGGUUGGCUCUUUGACUGGACUCAAUCAUACGACCUGGCCUUCUACUUCAGUGGCACUUGUGUUGUAGUGGCUGGUAUGUUUCUGUUCUUGGCCACAAUGCCUUGCCGGAACAGGAUGACAGAGGAGGGAAAUUCAGCUGCAGAGAAUGACUUCAACAGUUCUGUGACAAAGUAGCCUCUGUGGCUUGUACAGCAUUUCACCGGUCUAAACUUGACUUUGACCACUGCCCUUGGCCUUAUCAUUCUGGUGAGCAGGCAGAAGCUUGGCUAAAACCUUUUUCUCUGCCAGUCUUCCUCUUCUUGCCAUUUUUCUUAAUCCGGCGAUCAGUUAAGUCUUGCCAAGUGACUUCCCAAAGUGCCAAUUCUAUGUGUUUUAAUGUGUUGACUUUUUUAUUUGUUCCACAUACCCUGUCAUUUAUUUAAAGGGGGUAUUAUUUUUUUAUGUGUCUUAGAUGCCUUAUUUGUUAGAUUUUUACAUUUAUAGCAGAGUUUGUUUGCUAAUAGUAUAUUCAGUAGAUUAUUUACUUUGACCCUUUUUUUUUUUUUUUUUUUUUUUUGCCGGUCUCGUUCACUUUUUGCGUGAACUUUACUCUCUGACAUGUAUGGCCUCAGUGUUCUUAGUGUGUACAUGAAUAUCACCAACCUGUAAAAAUACUCAAUAGUUUUUUCAUUGAUAAGAAAAUGUUUCUGACUGCAGAGAAUCCGAGAAUGUGUGAUUUAUUUAUUUUUUUCACUACACUUGCCAUGAAUAAAAUCCAGAUCCAAAGAUUUUGUUAUUUCUGCAAAGGUGAAACAUUUCUGGUGAAAAAGACGUGAAACAAGGAGGAAAUCCACUUUAAUGCACUUUUGCCUGCAUUUUUUUGUUUUUGUUUCUUUUUUCACCUCUGUCUCCUGCACUUCAUCUCCUCCCAACUGUCAUACCAAAGUUUCAAUUAAAUUCAUGUUUUUUACUUGUUCUAAGGCAACUUCUUUUGCUUUGUAAAGAAGGCCUUUCUUUAAACCUGAAAUUACUUUUUUUUUUACUUUGAAUUUGAAGGCAUACCUCAGUAUGUUCUGGAUCUUUCAGCUAAUCAUUAGCCAGUAAUAAAGACAAGAAUAUGCUGAAGAAAAAAGUCUGAAAAAAGAAAAACCACAGGACAGAGUUGAGUUCUGUAAUUGCAAUGUCCAAUACUGUGUUUGUGUGUGUGUGCCUGGUAAUACAGAAUCAUCCACUACAGUUUUUUAACAGGCUGGACCCUGACAACACUAUACCUUUUAUUAUUGUAUUUUUGAAAUGCCAGUGUUAUUUCUUGUGUCAGUGUAUAUCACAAAGCUACCUUUCAAUAUGUAUAAAUAUUUGCAAGGAGUGCAAAGAAAAGGCCACUAAACUUUUUUUGACCAAAGACUCGCUAUGAGUCUUUAUGAACAUUUAAUGGUGCAAAAUCACAACUAUGUCAAAUGUAAAACUGUCCCAUUAUAUGAGAUGUAUUUUGUCUUAUUCUUUUUUUUGUAUCUUUGUUUUGUAAAUUACUGUUUGUUCAUUUGUAAGUGUCAGUAAAAAAGAAUGAUUAUAAGAUAAACAA